AUGCGAGGCCGCGAGGCUGUGUUGCCCCAGGCGCAUUUCUGCCCUUGUCUUCGAUGCCAAGCCACACAGGCGUUGACUGCAACUGUACCACUCGGUGGGUCACAAGAAGCCGUUCGCCCUUCGGCAGCUGGUAAAGCAGCUUCGACGAUCAACGAGAUCACCGCGCGUGCGCAUAUGCGGCCACCGAAGAAGGCGCGGGCUGCUCAAGCUCAAGCCAACGUCGCUGUGUUUUGUGUCACUCCGGAAUUCCACUCCCGACGUCGCUGCGCACAUUCCCGCAAAAUGCGGGGAAGGCAUGUGCAGGAAGGUGUGUUGAGCGCGAAGCUGUUGGAAGAAAGACCCAAACUCCACCUCAACCUGGACCCCGCCCUCUUCUUUUCAUCCACCAUCAUCCAGAACACGUGCUCAAAGCUCGGUGCGCAGCAAACACCCUUAUACGAACACCAAAGCCGCAUCUCCGCAAAACAUCCACCCUUCACGAUGGUUGGUCCCGGUCCUGGAAGGGGGUCGCGCGUCGUCUUCGUCGGCAACAUCCCAUAUGACAUGUCGGAGGAGCAAUUGACGGAUGUCUUCCGAGAGGUGGGCAAGGUGGUCGGAUUCCGCCUGGUCAACGAUCGCGACACGGGCAAGUUCAAGGGAUACGGAUUCUGCGAGUUUGAAGAUCCAGAGACCGCCGCAUCCGCGGUGCGAAAUCUCAACGAAGUCGAGGUGGGCGGCCGCCCGCUGCGCAUCUCGUUCGCCGACAUCGACCCGCUCAUGGAAGGACGCUCGACACAGCACGGCCAGUUUGACCAGGAUGACCUGCGUAGAAGGGCAGCAGCGGCUGGGCGCGCUGGUAGGCCAGGGACAUUCGGCCAUGCAGGCCCGACCCGCGGAGGAGGAGCGGUGGGCCCAGGCUGGCAACAACGCGAUAAUGGCUUUGGCCAGCGACCUUUCGGCGGUCCUGGCGGCGCUCCGUAUGGUGGACCUGGCGGACCUCCUGGUGCGUAUGGCGCGCCAGGAGCAGGACCCAUGGGCGCGGGUGGCGGACCAAUGACAUUGCCGCCGAAUCUGCCGGCCGGUGUGCCGCUGCCACCAGGCGUGGGCGCGACGGACGCCAUCACACAGACGCUGGCAACACUACCACCUAACCAACUGCUCGACAUCAUGAGUCAGAUGAAAUCGCUCGUCACGACGUCUCCGGACCAGGCGAGGGCUCUUCUCACUGGGCACCCGCAACUUGCCUAUGCGCUCUUCCAGGCGAUGCUCAUGAUGAACGUCGUGGACCCGGACAUUCUGCAGCGCAUCCUCGCCGCAUCAGGUACGCUGCCUGGUGCGCCGGCCGCUGCUCCCGCCGGAGCACCGGGAGCCGUUCCGCCUCACAUGCAGCAGGCUGGCUCCAACAAUGGCGGAGGAUCCGCGACACCGCCUCAACAUUACGGCGGAGCACCUCCGCCGGGCGCCUAUCCGCCCUCGGCCCGCCCACCUCCUGGGCCAUACGGCCAGCCUGGCUACGGCGCCCAGCCACCUGCGCCGCAAGCACCCGCUGCCAACGAUCCGAUCGCAGCGCUCGCCGGCCAGAAUCUUCCCGAGGAGCAGAAGGCGCUGCUCAUGCAGGUACUGCAGCUUACGCCGGACCAGAUCAACGCGCUUCCGGCCGAUCAGAAGGCGAGCAUCAUGCAGCUCAAGGCGCAGUUUGGACAGGCCUGA